AUGAGUACUUCAGUGCACACCCUCCUCAACAACCUAGUUGUAGUGCCAGAUGGGCCCCAUAUUAGUGGGGAUUUCCCAGUGGACACCAAUGUGCUAGCCAAGUUCCCCGAGGGCACAAGGAUUAUCUCUGCCAAUCGAUUUGGCACUUCGGCCUGGACAAUCACUGCCCAUCUCGUUGUCAGGCUCCCUGAUGGCACUGAGUCGCACUAUUUCCUGAAAUGCGCAACUGAAGAAGCAGGGCGUGUGAUGAUGGAAGGCGAGUUCAAUUCCAUGUCGGAGCUGUACAAGACCAUGCCCAACUUCGUCCCCAAGCCCCAUUCGUGGGGCAAAUACCAGAUCGACCAUCCUCCAACCUACUUUUUCUUGUCGCAGUUUAUCGAGAUGAGUGACCGAGUUCCGGAUCCGAACAAGCUGUGUUCGAAAUUGGCCCAACUGCACCAGAAUAGUGUGUCACCGACAGGGAAAUUUGGCUUCCAUAUCACGACAUGCCAGGGCCGAAUCCCUCAGGCGGUGUCUUGGGAGAGCAGCUGGACUGUUUUCUUUACCAAGCUCUUGCAACAUGUCUUGGAUCUUGACACGGAGACCAAUGGCUACUGGGAGGCAUUUGACAUGCUCGCAAAGAGGAUUAUAUCCCAUGUCAUCCCACGACUAAUCGGGGCCCUGGAACGAGAUGGGCGGAGUGUGAAACCAUGUCUGAUCCAUACCGAUCUGUGGGAGGGAAACACGGGGACUUCUUAUGAGACUGGCGACAUAUACAUAUUCGACGCGGCUGCCUUCUACGCUCACAAUGAGAUGGAAAUUGGAGACUGGCGAUGCAACUAUAACAAGAUCCACAACAAGAUCUAUACCAAGACCUACUUGCGGUAUCUUCCACCCAGCGAACCUCUCCAGGAAUGGGAUGACAGGAACCGCAUGUAUUGUAUCUACUACAAUGUCAUCUAUUCUGUCAACCAUCGAAGUCAGGGGACGGCAGUUCGGCAGACGGCGUAUGAUGAUAUGUAUUAUCUGAUUGACAAAUAUGCUCCUUUCCCGGAAGGUGCUGGACCUGCAAGGCUGAGCCCGUCUGAAAGAGCUUCUCUUAUAGCAAGCGGAGGUAGAACAAACUGGAAAACUCCUGAUACAGCGGCCAUGGCUGCUGUCGAAAAGGGACCAAUAAACAAUGCUCACAGCGAGCCUUCCAAACAGGAAAUUACGCAGAAAGCAGAAGAACAUCGUCAAGCUGGCUCACCUGCAACUGCGACACCGACAGAGACACCUCCUACUCCAUACACCACCUUCACAGCCACUGAGAAGCGUCUUCUUACUUUGCUUGUUGGUCUUGCCACCAUUACCUCGCCCCUCACGGCCACCAUCUAUUUCCCAUUGCUGCCUCUGCUCAGAACGCAUUUCCAUGUCUCCGGCCAGGCGAUCAAUCUCACCUUGACAAUAUAUAUCAUCUUCCAGGCCUUGUCACCGGCGAUCUUCGGGCCAUUGUCGGAUUCCCUUGGCCGCCGGCCGUUAUAUCUCUUGACGCUCUCCAUCUACGUGAUGGGGAACCUGGGGCUAGCAAUUAACAAGAACAGCUACGGUGUCUUACUCGCCUUUCGAGUGCUGCAGAGUCUCGGGGCUAGUGCCGCGUUUGCGAUCAGCUAUGGCGUUGUGGCCGACGUCUGCGUGCCAAGUGACAGAGGAAUCAUGCUUGGCAGAGUCAGCAUGGCCUUGAAUCUGGGGACAUGUGUUGGACCGAUCGUAGGGGGUUUCGUAGCGUACAAAAGUGGAAGCUAUCAGUGGGUCUUCUGGGCGUUGGUUAUUGUCGGGGGAAUUUUGAUACUGAGUGUUGGCGCUCUGCUUCCUGAGACAGCCAGAAGUAUUGUGGGCAAUGGCAAAAGGCAGAACUGGUGGGAAGAAAGCUGGUGGACGCUAGUCAUGAGGUUUUUCAAAGCCCAGAGGAUGGAUGAGGUGGGCGCAACAUGGAGACAAGAUGCCUCUCGCAGGUGGCAUAUUCCAAAUCCAUUGGCUUGCUUACGCAUUAUCUUCUACUGGGACACCUUUCUCUGUCUGUGGAUACACGGAUCUUUUUAUGCCGUGGACUACUCGCUUGCUGCCGCGGUCCCCGAUAUCUACAAAGAUAUCUACCGGUUUAACGAGCUCCAGAUCGGUCUAUCGUAUCUGCCUCGCGGCGGAGGGAUUAUCGUUGGAGGCUACUGCAACGGCAAACUCAUGGACUACAAUUACCGCUUUAUCGCAAGACAGCUAGGCUGGACGGUCGACCGCGUAUCCGGCGAUGAUCUCUCGCGCUUCCCCAUCGAGCGUGCGCGAUCCAGAGGUAGCUUGACACUACUUGCCAUAUCGACCGCAACGCUGAUCGGAUAUGGAUGGGCGGUGACCAAGCACGCACAUGUCUCGAUUCCGUUGAUCCUGCAAUUCGUCCAAGGGUUCUGGGGGACGUGUUUCUACACGACCUACAACACGCUUCUUGUUGAUCUGUUUCCGGAGAGUCCGAGUACGGCGGCUGCUGCGGCAAGCAUCACUCGAUGUGCAAUGGCUGCUGUCAGUGUUGCUGUCCUGCAGCCACUGCUGAAUGCAGCAGGUAGAGGCUGGUACUUUACAGUGUUAGGGAUCUGGAGUGGUAGCUGUGGAGUUGUUGCGGUCUGUCUCAUCAGAAAGAAGGGAAUGCAUUGGAGGACAGAGAGGCUCGCAAGGAGAGAUAACACGGCAGUUGCCUAG